AUGAAGUCACUCCUUUACACUGCGGCGUUGUUGCCGCUGGCUUCCCUCGCCGUGGCAGGGAAGCCGCACGAAGUAGACGAAGUCGUGGUGGUCACAACAACACGAACCGUCACCGUCUGCCCGAUCACAGAUUACUGGACCUGCGCGCCUGACGGGCCAACAGGAACAGGGGCAUGGGACGAUUGGGGCUCAACCUCUCCUACGGGUGUCGUGACCACGACAACGAAGACGGGAGGCCCAGCUACAACGACCCCGGGGAACGGAAACGGAGGCGAUGAUGAUGGUCAUGGUGGACAUGGCGGCCACGGAAGUGGCUCUUCCACCACCCCGGUUGGUCCGGGGACCACCUCGUCAUCGAAUGACGACGGUCAUGGCGGACACGGAGGCGGUCCUGGUUCCUGGACGUCGUCCACCACCCCAGCCGGCCCUGUAACCACUUCUUCAUCGACUGACGACGGCCACGGCGGGCACGGCGGUGACUCGACCAGCUCGACCACAACAAGCUACAACCACGAUCAUCCAGGCGGCUCAGACUCCACCACGAGCUCUCCUGUUGCACCGACUCUGCCAACGUACACUACCUCUGCAGGGACGACCUCAAGCCACGGUUCAGAUGGCCCAGGCAAAGACAGCAGCACGAGCUCUUCUCCUGCGGGCACCCACUCGACCAGCAGCGCCACGACCUCUGCCGGCGUCACCACCUCGGCGUCGUUGACCACAAGUUCCAGCACCACUAAGACUACCACGUCAUCCACUUCUUGCAUCCCAUCUCAGACCGUCUCGGCUCUUCCCGAGACGGGCUGCAAUGACAACACCGCAAACGACCGUAGCAAGUGGUGCGGCAAGUCCGUUGGCGAUGAUACACAUGUCCAUUAUGAGUCUGGCGACACCAAGUACUUCCAACUCACCAUCACUUCCGGCCAGGCCGACUUCGACGGCACUUCUCGCCCUUCAUUCUUGAUCAACGGCGGAACUCCUGGUCCUCUGAUUGAAGUCAACUACGGUGACUGGGUGGAGGUGACAGUUACCAACUUGAUGACUGACAAUGCUACCACUAUUCACUGGCACGGUGUGCGACAGAUCGACACCAACGAUCAGGACGGUGUCCCUGGUGUUACUGAGUGUGCUAUCCCACCCCUUGCUGUGCGUACCUACAAGUGGCAUGCUUCGACCUACGGAACUGGCUGGUACCACUCUCACGCCCUUUCCCAGUAUGGUGGUGGUAUCCGAGGGCCCGUCAUCAUCCACGGACCUUCAACCGCCAACUACGACUACGAUAUGGGCACCGUCAUGGUUGAUGAGAUCUUCUCCCAGACCAUCUUCCAGAUGGCGUGGAACAUUGCACGUCUCCGAGGUCCCCUCCCUGCAGCGGUCAACUACAUGCUCAACGGCAAGAACAAGGCAGUCGAUGGCAGCAAGGGCAAGUCUGCGGAAUGGACCGUUCAUCCUGGCAAGAAGCAUCUCUUCCGCAUCAUCAACUCUUCUGCGCAGGCUUCUUAUGUUAUCCACUUUGACAAUCACAAGAUGACCGUCAUCAGCGCUGAUUAUACUCCGAUUGUGCCAUAUACGACUGACACCCUGUACAUCAACCCCGGUCAACGGUAUAAUGUCAUCGUCGAGAUGAACCAGACUCCUGGCGCUUACUUCCUCCGAGCCAUCACGCAAACCGGUUGCGGUACCCAGAAUCUGAACAACGGUCUCGGCUCCCUGGCCAACGGUAUCUUCACUUACAAGGGCAGCUGCGGCGCGCCGGUUACCGACACCUUGACCCCGACAAUUGGCUCAACCCUCCAAACCGACUGCAAGGACGAGCCCCUCGCCAGCCUGGUUCCAUUCGUUCAGAAGAACGGUGGAUCUCAAGACAAAUUCACCUCCAGUGCCCAGCUCCUCCCCGGUGGCAACGCCGCGCAGCAGGCCUUUGACGGCUACGGCCCCAUCACCAGAUGGUACUUCGGCCCCAUGGGUUCCGUCUCGUCCAACACCGCCGGCACCCUGGGCAGCAGCGCCAUCACCGUUGACUACGACAACCCGACGCUCAAGAACAUGGCCACGCUCCCAAGCGUCGGCUUCAACAGCUCCAUCUACUCCAACGCAGUGGUCCUUGACGGCACGCCAGGCGACUGGGUCUACUUCGUCAUCCAGAACAACUUCCAGACCUCGCAUCCUAUCCACUUGCACGGUCACGAUUUCUCCGUCCUGGGCCAAGGCAAAGGCACCUUCAGCUCUGCGCAGGCCUCGAGCCUCAACUUCGCCAACCCCAUCCGCCGAGACACAGCCCUCCUCUUCGGUAUCCCCGGCCAGGGUGGCGCGCCGCAAGGUGGCUGGACCGUCAUUGGCUUCCAAACCGACAACCCGGGCGCUUGGGUCAUGCAUUGCCACAUCAUCUGGCACGCCGACGGUGGUAUGGCUCUGCAGUACAUUGAGCAGCCUGAUGCGAUCCCCGCUUCGGACUACUACACGAGCGAGAGCUUCCAGAGCGAAUGCUCGGCUUACGAUGCCUACGUUACCGGUGGUGGCGACAAGCCCGCCUCGUAUGAGUCUGGCCUGAAGAGAGAUUUGCAGCGACACCGGUACGGUGAGAAGCGGUUCGGACGACACGGCAUGCAUUAG